AUGAAGCCCGCGGACGGGAGCGACCUCGUCGACUACAACGCGGCGCGGGCCGAGGCCGUCCACCUGCGGCGCUUCCUCGCGGCCCUGCGGCAGCAGGUGGCCAACGACGGCGUCACGGCGGCCUUCGAGCACCGGGACGACCAGGGCACCUGGCACCGCUACGCCCCCGAGCAGAGCGUGCUCAUCGCCGUGGCCCUCGGCCAGAACCCCAACGGCGCCGCGAAGCUGCCCGGGGGCCCCUUCGAGGUCCGCUUCGGCGACUUCGCGACGUCGCGCAAGAUGGCCACGGCGCCGGACACGGGCAUGGUCCAGGUGAACACGGCGAGUGACAACACGCGCGUCGUGCGCCCCCAGCUCUGGGCCUGCACGGCCUUCGCGCUCCAGGGCCCCGCGGGCUGGCAGGUCUUGCCGACGGCCGCGUGCCGGGGCAUCGCCGCGGCCAUCGCCAACGCGCCCGACGGCGGCACCGUCGUCAUCCCCAACACGCCCACGGAGAUUCGGUGGGGCCACGCGGCGCGCACGGCGGCGCACCCGGACGUGCCGUCGACGGGCGUGAUCGCCGUGAACCUGCGCGACGACUCGUCCGUCGUCGUCCGCGGCGAGUGGGGGCCCUACGGCCGGCCCGUCGUGCCGGGCCCGGCGUCCUACGGCAUGGGCCAGCCCGCGGCGCGGCCCAUGCCGGGCUACGGCCAGCCCAUGCAGCCGGGCUACGGCGCGGCGCCGGGCGGCUUCGCUCCCACCGCGCACCCCUUCGCGGGCGCCGGCGGGCAGCCCCACGUCGUCGGCCAGCAGCCCGCGAUGCGCGGCGGGCCGCCCCCCGGGGCGCCGGGCCAGCCCAAGCCCCAGCAGCAGCAGCAGCAGCAGCAGCAGGGCGGCAAAGGGUCGUCGACGGCGACGAACGCGGCCGUGGCCUUCGGCGCCGUCGGCGUCGCGGCGGCGGCGGGCGCGGGCGGCGUCCUCGCCGUGCAGAACGCGGACCAGAUCUCCGCCGGCGUCAACGACGCGGGCCAGUGGGUCUCCGGCGGGGGCGUCGGCCAGGCCGCGGGCGCCGCGGGCCAGUGGACCGUCGGCGCGGCGAACGACGUCUCCCGCUUCGCGACGAACCAGGCCGCGCCGGCCAUCGGCAACGCGGCGGGCACGGCGGGUCAGUGGACCGUCGGCGCGGCGAACGACGUGUCCCAGUUCGCGACGAACCAGGCCGCGCCGGCCAUCGGCGGCGCCGCGGGCGACGUCGCGUCCUGGGGCACGAACCAGGCCGCGCCGGCCAUCGGCAACGCCGCGGGCACGGCGGGCCAGUGGACCGUCGGCGCGGCGAACGACGUGUCCCAGUUCGCGACGAACCAGGCCGCGCCGGCCAUCGGCAACGCCGCGGGCGACGUCGGCCAGUGGGGCGCGGGCGCGGCCAACGGCGCCGCGAACUGGGGCGGCAACGCCGCGCAGGACGCGACGCAGUGGGGCGCCGCCGCCGGCAUGGACGCGGGCCAGUGGGGCGCCGGCGCCGCGGGCGACGUGGGCCAGUGGGGCGCCGGCGCCGCGCAGGACGUCGGCCAGUGGGGCGCCGGCGCGGGCGGCGCCGCGGCGAACUUCGGCGGCGACGCGGCGGGAUGGGCCGGGGGCGCGGCCGUCGACGUCGGCCAGUGGUCCGCGGGCGCCGCGGGCACCGUCGGCGGCGUCGCCGGCGACGCCGCGGGCGCCGCGCCGUAUUGCACCUGGAGCGCCCAGAACGUGCCGAGCUUGAAGAGCUCCGUGACGCGCGCCGUGCCCCAGAUGGGGAAGAAGGAGCCGCAGACGAGGCGCAACUCCGCGCUCGGCAGGGACACGAGCAGCAGCACGAGCAGCACGACGCUCAGCGCCGUCGUCACGACCGCGGGCACGUUCAGCGCGCACGCGGCGCUGCAGUUGCCGACGCAGGCGUCGCUGUGGACCGCGUCCAUGGACACGAAGAAACAACUCGCCCUCGCCGCCGGCGCGUCCCUGGGCCUCGUCGCGCUCUACCGCUGGCAGCGGCGGUCGAAGAAGGCCGCGCCCCCGCCGCUCGAAAAGCGGCGCCUCGCGCCGGGCCUGGAGGUGACGGUCCUCGGCUGCGGCGGCGCGUCGCUGGGCGACCUGUACGUGGAGACGACCCACGAGUCGGCCCUGGCGACUCUCCGCACCUCCCUCGACGGCGGCAUCCAGUUCUACGACACGGCGCCCUGGUACGGCUGCGGCCUCUCGGAGGCGCGCUUCGGCCUGGGCCUCGCGCGCGCGGACCGCGCGUCCUUCGCGCUCAACACGAAGGUCGGGCGGACCCUCGAGCCGGACCUGGGCGGCGGGCCGCGGCGGGGCUGGAAGCACGGCGCGCACUUCUCCGUGACCUUCGACUACUCGGGCGCCGCGUUCAAAACGCAGCUCCGCGACUCGCUCCAGCGCACGGGCCUCGCGCGCGUCGAGUCGCUCGUCAUCCACGACCUCGAGCCCAACGCGCACAAGAGCGCCGACGACCCGACGGGCGCCGCGACGACGAAGCGCCACCUCGACGCGCUGGCGUCGUCGGGCUUCGCGGCGCUCUGCGAGCUGCGCGCGUCGGGCGCGAUCCGGGCCUUCGGCGCGGGCGUCAACGCCGACGAGGCCGGCGAGGACGCCGCGGCGAAGGCGGCCUACAACGCGGACUACGUCAAUCAACUCUUCGCGCUGGGCGACGAGGCGCCCGGCGGCCGGGGCCUCGACUUCCUGCUCAUCGCCAACUGCUACAGCCUGCUCAACUUCAGCGCCGCGGGCAUUUUGGACGAGUGCGAGAAGCGCGGCGUGGCCGUGGUCAUCGGCGGGCCCUUCUCGUCGGGCAUCCUCGCCACGGGGCCCGACCCGCCGCGCGGAACAGCCAUGUACAACUACCGGCCCGCGAGCGACGACGUCCGCGCGACCGCGCGGCGCAUCGAGGCGAUCUGCAAACGGCACGGCGUCCCCCUCGUCGCGGCCGCGCUCCAGUUCCCGCUGGGCCACCCGGCCGUCGCGUCGGUGAUCCCCGGCGGCAAGUCGCCCGCGGAGGACGAGGAGGCCAUCGGGAAGCAGGCCAAGGGGUUUUACAUCCGCCCGUCGGCGGCGAUCGAGCGGGGCGGCGGUUUCUUCGUGCCCGGCCUCGAGGGCACGAAGCUGCGCGUCGCCCUCGGCGGCGGCCUCGUCGGCCUCGUCGCGCUGAGCGUCGCGCUCGGCGGCGACGCGGCGCCGUCGGUCCGAGCGUCCGAGGCGAUCGCGUUCGUCGCCGCCGUGGGGAUCCUCGCCCCCUACGUCCCGCGGCCCAAGGCCCGCGACGCGGGCGCGGCGGCGGACGGGGCCUCCGUCGCCGCCCGCGCUCCCAGAGCCGCGGCGGCGGUCGCCGCCGACGCGCCCGGCGACGCUCCGUGGGCCGCGGCGGCGGUCCGCGCCGCGAUCCCGGAGGCGACGUUCGUCGCGCUCCUCGACGCGCGGACCGGCGCGGUCCUCCUCCUCGACGGGGGCUCCCGCGACCUCGACGCCGACGCGUCGCCCGUGCCCGCCGCGGGCGUCGCGACGCGCCGCGAAGCCGGGAAGCUCUUCGCCGCGCUCGGGGGCGACGCCGACGCGUCCAAGGCCGCCUUCGUCGUGCCUGCCCUCGACGCGACGCGCACCUGGAUCAUCGGCGCGGGGGACGCCGACCUCCUCCGCGACGACGACCGAGCCUGGGUCUGCGGCGUCGGCGUCUACGCGCUGGCCAACACCUGGGGCGCGGCGCGCGACGGCGACGCGACGGGCGGCCGCGUCUGGCCCUGCGGCCUCGAGCUCGCGCCGCGCGUCGCGGCGGCCGCGGCGAACCGGACGGUCCUCGACGUCGGCUGCGGCUGCGGCGUCGUCGCGCUCGCCGCGGCCCGCGCGGGCGCGAAACGCGUCGUCGCCGCGGACGUGAACCCGGUCCCGCUGCGCCUCGUCGCCGCCGCCGCCGAGGACCAGGGCCUCGCGGUGGAGGUGGAGAGCUUCGACGUCGCGAGUGCGGCGCCGCUCCCGCCGGCGGACGUCGUCGCCUUCGCGGACCUCACCUACGAAGAGAGCCUCGCGGAGGCCGUCGCCGCGCGGGUCCUCGAGGCGCGCGCGCGCGGCUCGCACGUGCUCUGCGCGACGAACCCGCUCCGCGCGGGCGCCGCGGCCUUCCGCGGCGCGCUGCCCGAUGUGCGGUUCGAGCCCGUCGCGCUGUCGCGGCACGCGGCGACGCACACGGACGCGCGGAACUGGAAGACGCGCCUCGUCCAGCACCUCGACGUCGUCCCUGAUUAA